UCUGACGCGCUUCCGCUUCCGGUCCCGCCCCUGAAGAGCGCUGCAUUGUGGGAGUUCCUUCCUUUCUCGCUUCCCGGCCAUCUUGGCGGCAGGUCUCUGGCUGAGGGUCCUCCCGCACCGCAGGCAGGAAGAUGGUGGCCGCAAAGAAGACGAAAAAGUCGCUGGAGUCCAUCAACUCGAGGCUCCAGCUGGUGAUGAAAAGCGGCAAAUACGUGCUAGGCUACAAACAGACCCUGAAAAUGAUCAGACAAGGCAAAGCCAAACUGGUCAUCUUGGCCAACAACUGCCCAGCCUUGAGGAAAUCAGAGAUUGAAUAUUACGCUAUGUUGGCCAAAACUGGCGUACAUCACUACAGUGGCAACAACAUUGAAUUGGGUACAGCAUGUGGGAAGUACUACAGAGUUUGUACACUGGCUAUCAUUGAUCCAGGUGAUUCUGAUAUCAUUAGAAGCAUGCCAGAACAGACCAGUGAAAAGUAAACUGUACAAAAGCAUUCUUUAAUAAACUGGCCAAAGCUUGUUUUAAAAAA